AAGAAAGGCAGAUGAAGAAUAAUAAAGAGAAGAAAGAAGAUGAAGUUUGGGGAUAAGGACUGAGAAAGAACAAGCUGUAGAAUUAAGAAAUUAAAAUAUAUAAUAAUUGAACGUUUCUAUAUAAACAAGAGAGAGAGAGAGAACGUGGAGUGCUGGAGGGGACAAAGAGAGAAAGAGAGAGAAUGGUGGGGACCGAUCCACCGCCCAUACGCACGCAGUCUUACCAAAACCAAACCCAUCUCUGAUCUCUUUUUUUUUUUUUUUUUCUUGGUCUCACCUCGUCUCAUUUUAUCUCAAAUCUAACCCAAACCCAAAAUUCACAAAGUACAAUUACAAUACCCUCUCUAGUCUGAGUCUCUACAAAAAUUGACAAGAAAAAGUUUGAAACUUUUCACAGACAUCUCCUCUCUUCAUCUCUCCUAAACUCUCACCAACACACAAACCCAGUACCUUUUACUUAUUUGUACACCAAAUAUUGAUGAUGAAGAUGAUGAAAUUCAGCUCAGAAUUCGGUGGGUGACACCAAAAAUCCACUCGUAUUCCUUUCUUGGUGAGGGCUAGCUCAUAAGCAAGUUCUACUUAGUUCAUUACCAAAAAGAGAAGAAGCAAAAAGAAAGUAGCCGCCCCAACAGUAUUAUUAUUCAACCUCUCCCUGUUAUUUAUUUCUCUUUCUUGCUUCCACUAUUCCUUCUUUCUCUUUUUCUUUUUUCAGUCACCAUAACAAACGUUAACACUUAGUGCUAUACUACGUUUUUUUUCCUAGUCUUUUUAGCCAUAUUUUUAGGUCUUGUUUAAGUGAAUAAAGAGAGAGAUUUAAUUUAGAUACUUCAAAAGGAAAGUUUAGAGAGAGAUAAAUUUUUAGUCAAAAGAACAACAUGGAUCCAGUAACGGCUCAUGGGCAUUCUCUUCCACCUCCUUUCCACACAAGAGAUUUCCAAUUGCACCAUCACCAACAGCAGCAGCAGCAAUUCUCUCACCACCACCAACAGCAGAACUCAGAAGAUGAACAAAGUGGGAGUAGCAGCGGUGCUGGGCUUAACAAGUCCCAGAAGCGGGAGCGUGAUGAGGGAAGUGAAGGCAAAGAACUGAUCCCUUCUGGUGGUUCAGGAGAGAUCACAAGAAGACCUAGAGGGAGACCAGCUGGAUCCAAGAACAAGCCCAAACCACCUAUCAUUAUCACUCGUGAUAGCGCCAACGCGCUACGCACUCAUCUUAUGGAAGUUGCUGACGGAUGUGAUAUUGUUGAAAGUGUAGCUACAUUUGCUAGAAGGAGACAAAGAGGUGUUUCUAUCAUGAGCGGAACUGGAACUGUAACUAAUGUAACAUUAAGACAACCUGCUUCACCAGGUGCAGUUGUUACUUUACAUGGUAGAUUUGAGAUUUUAUCUUUAGCUGGAUCAUUCUUGCCGCCACCAGCACCGCCUGCCGCGACUGGUUUGACUAUAUAUUUAGCAGGUGGACAGGGGCAAGUUGUUGGUGGAAGUGUUGUUGGUACGCUAAUUGCUUCAGGUCCUGUUGUUAUCAUGGCUGCUUCAUUUAGUAACGCUGCAUAUGAAAGACUUCCUUUAGAAGAGGAGGACGCACAGUUACCUAUGCAAGGAGGUGCAAUUGGGUCGCCCGGAGCGGUUGGGCAGCAGCAGCAACAUCAGCAGCAGCAGCAAGUUUUAGGAGAGGCAAAUGCACAGCUUUUUCAAGGAUUGCAGCCUAAUCUUCUCAAUUCUAUUCAGUUACCAGCUGAGGCAUAUUGGGCUACUGGUCGCCCUCCUUACUAACAGAAGAGAAAAAAAAAAGGUUGAUUCAAGUGGCAGGUGUAUUAGUUCAGUUAUGGUCUUCUUCUUAUCACAUUCAGCUUAGUUAUGAGCAAGAGAUGAUGACAGACUUUGUAGCUAGAGAAUUUGGGUUGUUGAGCAUUUUCAGGUUUCGUUUCUCUUUUAUUUUUUUCUUCGAAUUGCUGUUUUGCAUUUGAUGAUGAUGGUUAGCUUAUCAAUUCUAUUACAUGUCUCCUAUUGCUGAUUGAAGGACUGUAAAUUCUAAGAGUCCCCGAAAAUGAGUUUGAUUUCAUGUUAAUUACAAGUGUUGCAUAACUUGUUCCAAUUGAAGAACAGCCUAGAACGAUAGCUGGAUAGGACUGGUAGUUAAUUUGUCAUUGAAUCAUUUUCAUCAAAUGUGCUUGUUUCAGCUUUAUCAUUCUCUCUUAUAACAAAUCUACUUAUUUAUGAGGUAUCA